ACCCUAUCUAGUAGCUCCAAGGCCCAAGCACAGCCGCACACACCCACACAGCGAAAAUGAAGUACAAUCCCAGGGUUUCCUCCUCUCGUCGUAAGAAUCGCAAGGCGCACUUCUCGGCACCGUCGAGUGUGCGGCGGAUCCUGAUGAGCGCGCCACUGUCUUCUGACCUUCGCCAGAAGUACAAUGUCCGAUCGAUGCCAGUCCGCAAGGACGAUGAGGUGCAGGUGGUCCGCGGUUCCUUCAAGGGCCGUGAGGGCAAGGUUGUUCAGGUCUACCGUCGCAAGUGGGUUAUCCAUAUUGAGCGUGUAACUCGUGAGAAGGUUAAUGGCUCAACAGUUAAUGUUGGCAUCAACCCUUCCAAGGUUGUUAUCAGUAAGCUACGUCUUGACAAGGAUCGUAAGUCUCUACUUGACCGCAAGGCUAAGGGGCGUGCCGCCGCCGAUAAGGACAAGGGCACCAAGUUCACUGCUGAGGAUAUCAUGCAGAGCGUCGACUAAACGUCGAUCACAAGGUUUUGAUGCAUAUUGAUACCUGGUACUUUGGAAUUUCCUUUAAGUUUUGGUUUGGUGUCAUUAAGAACAAGGAUUCAUUUAGAUGUUUCAAUUUAUGUUUAUGUUGUAUGCUGGAUCUGGAUCUUGACAUUGAAGUUUAUUAGUGUUUAUUGAGAUAUCGUGAAAUUUUGUGGUGUUCUAAUGUUACAUUCGAAAUUUCAGCAAA